CCGCCUCGGCCGGGUCUGGGUCUGGGUCUGGAGCCGAGGCGCAGAGCCCGCCGAGGUCGCCAAGCCGGGGCCGCUGAGCUCGGCGGCGCCGCGGGGUCCGGGGUGCCUGCUCGCUGCUCCACCCGCUCCCGGCCAGCUGUGCCGGCGGCUGGACCCGCCGCCGCAGCACCAGGAGCAGCCGCGAGGACUCGAGCGCGGGCGGCAGCGGCGACACCAUGGAUCUGUCCUUUAUGGCCGCGCAGCUGCCCAUGAUGGGAGGCGCCUUCAUGGACUCGCCCAAUGAGGACUUCAGCACAGAGUACUCCCUCUUUAACUCCUCCACCAACGUCCAUGCGGCCUCCAACGGCCAGGGCCAGCCGGAGGAGCCUCCGCGGUCCUCCAACGACACGGUCUUGCUCUGGAUUGCCAUCAUAGCGACACUGGGGAACAUUGUGGUGGUUGGGGUGGUGUACGCCUUCACUUUCUGAGGUUCGGGGCGCCCGCGAGCUCCAGGCCGGCUCACCCCAUGCUGGGCUCACAGCAGGGCGAAGCUUUGUUUGGGGCAUCAGCGCUGUUGGCCUUUGGCUGUGCCCACCUUCUGGAACCAGAAGUUCUGACCAUGUGCACGUCCUCUCCAGGGGCAGCGACUGUGCAUCAGGAAUUCCCCCAAGCAGCCCUGAUUUCCAACGUUCUGUGCUGUGGUCAAGCUGAUCCAGAAAACGGGAGUGUGAGCUUCCAGUCCCUGGAGGCGUGAUGGGGCAAAGCCUUCGCGAGGAGCAAAUUGGGGAAUUUUCUGAAACUGUAUUUUAAGAACUAAGACCAGUGGAAAUAGCCGGUUAGGUGUGAAAUAUGGACAUGGGGUGACGAUCGCUUGCUGGCCGUAAAUAAUCACGUAUGUGUCUGGUUUUUAUGCCAACUUACCGCACCUGGUGUAUGGGGUGCGGGGGUGAGAGCUGCCCUCAGAACUGGAACGUUCCCAGCCCAGCCUUGGUCUCCCACUCAGCCCUUUGGAAUAGGGUGGUCGUGACCUGGGCCAUAGAACGUUCCUCGUUUGACUUGCACCAGGCAUCUUUGUCAUCAGACCCUUGGCCCCUUUUGAGACCCAGAUGCAUCGGCAGUCCAAGGACAGGGGGAUGACUGGUGAUGGGGUGGGAUUUCCAUGGGUAGGGGGUUCUCUGCCAGACGGACUUGCUCUUCUUUUUCAAAAGAGAAGAAGCGCCUUUAAACUGUAGAUCUGCCAUGUGGUCAAGUCUUCAGACCAGCCGCCAGAAGAUGCUCUCUCCUCUCUGAGAAAUCUCGGGAUUUUAGAGAUGGCAGGCUCAUGCCCACCUGAUCCUCCGACAGCCGGGAGGGAGAGGCGCGGUUUGCCGUUGAACACAGGGCAGGUUGUCUGCAGCGGUCAGAGCAGGAGGGAUGUUUCCUGACUCAGCCAGGGGCUCUCUCAGCCCCAGUGAAGCACUCUCUCAAGCAAAUCCCUGCUUCUCAGCUGCCCUCGGGGAGAAUGCCCAGAGAAAGGGUCUGGAAGCUGUGUGCCAGGGGGGCCAGGUGCUCAGACACCUGCAUUUUACACUGGGUCUGGCUCCUGGGUUCUCUUGCAGGCAUGAAUGUGCUCUGUCCGAGUCAGCCUCCUUAACCUUCCUCCGAGUCAGCGGCUGUGGGGAAGGGGGUUCUGGCAAGUAAGGGAGCCUCCCGCGCAGACCAGCACAGGAUGGGAUGCGCUGGGGGAGAAGGACUCGCUCUUCUUUGUCCUUAGGAAAGGCGCCUGCAGGGUACACCCCCCUUCCCCAGAUAGCUGCCCUGUGCCGAGCAGAGUGGGAGAGGCUCACACGCAGGCUCCCUCGCUUGCAGGCCAGGAGUGGCUUUCUCCGUGCUUUCUCCCCGUGCUGUGCGAAAGAAAAUAAACGGUCUAAACUUCCCCUCUGUGGUGGGGAAACUGAAAAGACUGGGUGGGAAGCCCUGGUGCUGUUUGGGGACAAUUGCAAAAAGGCUGAUUAUGUCCCUGUGGUCUCAGGAGACAUGGCUGUUUCUGAAUGGCAGGCACAGGGACAUCUUAAUUGUCCAGAGGCAGCCACCCAUCUGCGAGGUUGGCGCCGGGCUACUGUGCUAACAGGAUCUCCAGCCCGACCUCCAGACUGUGUCCUCAGGUGGCCACCAGCUCCUCUGAGCCACAUGUGUCGCUGCAGCCAUGCAUGCAUGCCCGGCGGCUUCGGCUCAAGUGGAGCUCGUGAGUGCAGAGCUGGUGUGACCUUUGCCAAGAGGGAGAAGGGAUGGGGACCUUCGGCCCGGGCUCCUUCUGGAAUCACUGACAGGGCCGUGCUCUCAGCAGGACCAGACUGGGCAGGGGGGCGGGGGGGCGGGGGGGCUGGGCUGGGUGGUCAGCCGUUGCACACCCAUCAUCCCCGCUGCUUCCCGAGCAAACUCUUCCCUGUCUCAACCCCCAUGUGUGCCCCAUGAGCAAGGGCUUUCUGAGACAGGUGUCUUCAUGAGAACCCAAGGAGGAGGUCGAGAGCCGGGGUGGGGAGGAGGCUAGGCGAUGCUUGGUGUCUUUGUGGGGGUCACUGCAGCCCAGAUAUUCUGAGUCCUUACCUUCUGACCCCGCAUCCCCGAAGGAGCCCUGUAGAGAAGUAGGUGGCAGCUCCCUGUUCUCCAGAUGGCCUGUGGCGAUGGCAGUGGGAGCUCUAGAGGGUUCUGUGUGCCGUGACCGGGGAGGGGAGGAACGUGUGGUCCCAGCUCCGAGUAUCCAGGGCAGCCCCAGCGGGCUGGGGAUUCUCUGGGUAAUUCUGAGCGCAGGGGUCUCCCCCACGAAGGCUCUCUCUUCCCCUGGCGUAAAUGCCAGUUAAAUUCAACUUUCAAGGAGUUCUCCCUCUUUGGUCAGGGCCACAGACACAGGGCCUGGAGACCUGGGCCAUCUUGUCCAGACUUCACCUUCGGCAAUUAUAGUGACUUGCUCAGGGUCACUCCAUCCCAGUCUCCUACAGUGUUUUGAUCUGGUUUUUCCCACCAUCACUUAGGUAACAACGAGGAUAGAUAUGCACGUGAAUGUCCAAUGAAGGGUAAAGGACAGAUUUCCAGCCAGAGGGUGUGCUGUGCUGUCCCUUCUGCCUUACUCAGCGGGGUUCUGUCUUGGAUGUUAGGUAACGGGCAGGAGGCACCAUCUGAGCAUUGUGUCCAGGCACCGUGCUGGGCCCACAUGUGCAUGUUUAAUCUAUACGAUCACCUUACAGCAUCCUUACUCCAAUACAUAUGGAACCAGAAGCUCAGGGGAGCAGAGUAACUUGCCCGAGGCCACACAGCAUGAAAGUGACAAGCUGGGACUGGAGUGUGGACCCUCCGGCUCUAAAGCCAGCCUCUUUCUGCCACACCAUGCUGCAUUCACUGGCUGGGGUGGCACCUCCAGGGCACAUUUAAGCCAGGCUCUGGGUCUACAGAGGCCAUUCCUCGAGGUCCCAUGUCGUGGUGUGGCCCCGGCCAGCUCUGACUUCCUCCACAGGCAGAAGUCUGACUAUCCUCAGAAUAGGGCAGGCUCGUCCCCCUGCCCAUUGCCCUCUCUCUGUCCAAGCUUCAGGGAUGGUGGUCCCUGUCACCUGCCCCUCUCUUCAAAGCUGAACACAAGUGUGUUUGUGUGGCCAGAGAUGUUACCAGAGAGCAGCUUUCUUGGGAUACAUGCCGAAGGACCCUGGCCAAGACCCGGAGCCCAACAAAGGGGCCCACCCAAGGAGUGAGGCUCAUGCAGCCAGAUUGCCGGGGAGAGUUGGGAUGAUCCGUGUGGUAGGUGAGGCUCCGGCCCAGGCUCGGGCCUCCUGUUGGGCCCCAGGACUCUCCUGAGCAGGCAGGACGGAUGCUCCUCUCUCACACCCCAGCCUGGGGCUCCCAUCUGGCUUCUCCUGGGUGAGGUUGGCCCCAGAGCCCACCUUGACUUAAUGAGCCAGCGCUGAGGAAGAAGGGGCUUGCCUCUUCAGUAGCUGCUCUUCAGAGAAGGGGUCCUGUGUUUGCUGGAAUGUUCUCCCUCCUUGGCCCUCCACGUGCCUCCCCAUCUUCCCUCUGCAAGUCAUAGGUGCCACAUACCCGUGUUUGUCUGCAUGUGGGACACGUGCUUUAGGAGGGCUGGAGAUGCUGUCACCGGAGCUUGGGAGGGGAGCUUGGGAGGAGAGGCCGGAGGAUGCGUUAGGCAGGUGUGUCCCGAGGGGGUUCCACCUCCUGUGUGGGCCCGGGGAGGUGUUCACUCAGCUGUCCUUCCCUUUUCCCUGAGAUCCAGGUCAAGAGGCAGAUGAGAUUCCCCUCCAGAGAGAGACAGUUUACCUCCUUUCAGGAGAUCCCCGGGAUCAGAGGGAGAAAGUUAGGGAGGGCAGACCAGUACCACUUGGCUGGAGAGGCAAUAAGCCAUUUUCCAGCCUGUUCUAAAUGGAAGGCCUGGCUGCCGGCCAGACCACUAGCAUAUGUUGGAACCCCUCCCUGGAGACUGGAGAGACGCGGCCGUCGUCUGUCCUGCCGCCUGAUUCCCUCCAGACAAGUGAUCCUGUCCUUCUUCAGGAGCAUGACCUUCUUUCAUCAUUAGCAGUGAUAUCAUUAAUAAUUAUUAUCCUUACUGUUGUCAUCUACCGUGCAUCUUCCUUGUGCUGUGCUCUGUUCGUAUCCCAUUUACUUCUCCACUCACCCCUCGGAGGCAGAAGGGAGGUGCGGAGAAGUGCACGUUAAUUAUUGUCCCAUUUUUCUGUUGAGAAAACUGAGGCCGGGCCAAUGGGCCUGAGAACCCACAUCUAGAGAGCUGGGAUUCAGAUCCACCUCUGCUGGCCCUCCAGGCUGGAUGGCUACCCUGUGUCUCCCUGUGCGCACACUCUCCACGGUGAGCCCUCUGGAACGGACCGUCCCAGGAACGGGGACUCUGAGGCUGGGGCUGUUUGGGUCCCGGGUCGCAGGGUUCAAGUGUAGGUCCUGGAAGGGGGUUGGAGCAGUGCACACGUGUUUAGCAGUCUGAGAAACUCACAGAGGUAAAGAGGCGUUAGAGAGCUUCCAAUCAGGACCUGUAAUAUUGGGGAGGGCAAAUGGGGCCACAAGGGAAAGGAAGGGAGACCUGGCAAGUCUCCUGCUGCCUGGGCCAGAACAUCAUCUCCCAGCCUGCUGUGCCAUCACCGGGGAGCGCAGGGAUGGCCCUGGAUUACCAGCACAAGCCCUGGGAUGGGCAUCGCGCUACCUUCCAGCUGUCACCCGGCCCCAUGCACCAUGUCCUGGCACCUGCCCAUUGAGCAUCCCCAGAGCGAGUCCUAGGUGGGCUGGGCUGCCCUGAUGGGACGACGAAGAGGCUGUGCUCAGAGGGCCAAAGGCAGCAGUCAGAGCCUGAGUGCCCUGUAGUGGCCUGCCCCACAGGCCCCUGGCCUCUGUCAUCAGUGACAAGGACACAAGACAGGCUGGCUGCGCUGAGAGCUGAGAGCCCAGAGGGACAGGAGUUCAUUAUCUCCAAGCGGAAAAAAGGAGCCUCUCCGAGAAACUCAGGUCAUCCGCAUUAAGCAGCAGCGAGAUGUUCCCAGAAAAUCACUUCUGAGGUGAGACCUUGGCCAUUUUCUUUCCCUUCUUUUGGGGUGUGUGACAGGGGACAAAACAGUGCAAAACAUAGGGACUGCAGAGAGGAAGGAUUCCCCCAGAGUGAGAAAAGGGUAGCUGUCAGGAGUUAAUGGAAUGGAAUGGUCAAAAGUACAGAAAAUUGACAUCAAUUUUAGAAUGUAAGUCUGUGUUGUUGUUAUGAGUCACUGGGAAAGUCAUAAUUUUUUUUUUAUCAAGAGAGAUAAUAAGGGGCGCCUGGGUGGCUCAGUCAUUAAGCGGCUGCCUUCGGGUCGGGUCAUGAUCACAGGGUCCUGGGAUCGAGCCCCACAUUGGGCUCCCUGCUCUGCAGGAAGCCUGCUUCUCCCUCUCCCACUCCGCCUGCUUAUGUUCCCUAUCUCGCUGUCUCUCUGUCAAAUAAAUAAAUAAAAUCUUUAAAAAAGAGAGAGAGAGAGAUAAUAAAAGCAGAGGAAUCCCUCGAAGAGGCAGGACAGGCUGCACAGUACCUAGGAUGUACCCUGUGCCCAUCUUUUGGCCGCGGUGCAGGCUUGCACCUGCCAGAAUCUAUCCAGAUGCUUUUUUUUUUUUAAAGAUUUUAUUUAUUUAUUUAUUUGAGAGAGAGAAUGAGAUAGAGAGAGAGAGAGCGCACGAGAGGGAGGAGGGUCAGAGGGAGAAGCAGACUCCCCCGAUGUGGGACUCGAUCCCGGGACUCCAGGAUCAUGACCUGAGCCGAAGGCAGUCGCUUAACCAAUUAAGCCACCCAGGCGCCCCCUAUCCAGAUGCUUUAAUGAGGCUCCAUCCUCUGCCUCUGGGUCCUUUUGCCAGCUGACUUCCCGCCUUCCCAGAAGGAGGGCUGAGACCCCUCCUGCCUUGGGAAUAAAUCCUGACAGAUACACAAGGCAUAUUUGCAGGGAACUUGUGUGCACAACAGUUGGGGAAAUCCAGAGCCCUUAUUCAUCACCGAGCCCCUCCAUGUGGCUAAGCAGCCACCAGCGACCCCUGUGUCCAUCCCACCAAUGUCUUAAGGAACGAAAGAAUCACUGCACUUACGGUUCAAAGCAUUAUCCCAACAAUCCAGAUGAUUCUGACCAGGGCUCUGUAAGCUGGUAGGUAGGGAGUUUCCAAACUUUUACACUUAAGGGGACGGAGUCUCUGAGGGUUUUGUGGGAGUUUGCCAGCUCAGGCUGGUCGGCAGGAGACUGGGGUCUUGAGCCCAGGGCAUCUAUGUAGCAACGUUUCUGAACCAUUAGGCCAGGGGUUCUCAACCUUGGAAAAUUCUGUCCUUCAGGGGACCUUCAGCAACGUGGAGAGACAAUUUGGUUUUCACAGCUUGUUGGGGGUCGAUGUUCUACUGGCAUCUAGUGGAUAGAAGCCAACGAAGCUGCUGAACACCCCCCAACAACAAAGAAUUAAUGAUCUGACCCCCAAACACCAAUAGUGCUGAGGUGGGGAAACCCGGUACCAGGCAAUGCUAUCUCUGAAUUCAAAACUGUGGGUGUUUUCCAAAGCUCCCCUUUUCCCCAUUUGCGAGUCAUGGAAUAAAUCAGAGUUCUUCUGAGCAACGGUGGUGAUCAUGGUUGCUCCCCCGAGUUCCGAUAAUCCCAGCGGAGGGCAGUGGUCUGCAGCCUAGCAAGUCCUUUGGGUAUCCACGGACUCUCCAUGCCCACCACCUUGGGCUUUCAAGGGGAGACUCACCCAGAGGGAGGGGCUGAAUUUGUCCAGAUAACUGUGGUCUCUGGAACCUAGAGGGAACCUGACCUCUGCCAUGCAUCUGAGCAGCACUGCUGGGGUGGGGGGUGGGCUGGGGUGGGGGGCAGAGGGGAGCUUAGAAGGGAUGAGGAUGGGAGGGGCUGCCUCAGAGUCUUUGGGCAAACCUUUAUCUUAACCUUGUUUUUGACUCUUUUCCAUGUGCCCCACCCUGUUCCCCGCCCCCCACCCCCACCGGCUUGAAGGCUUAUUCACACUUUCUGCUAUUUAACGUUUUACGGAAACCUUACUCUGGUAAGGAGCCACCCUCCAGAGACCAGUUCUUCACGCAGAGAGAAUCAGAAACGUUUCUGUGUCUGACAAACGUUUUCAUAAUCAACUUGUAAGUAGUUUACUUAAUUAAAAAAAAAAGGUAUUUUAACUAUUCUUGUAAUCCUUUGCUACUCAAGCCCCCUGGUUUCACGAUGAGAUCACUAACUUUUACUACAGUGAAUAGGCGAUUUCUUAAUGUAGGGCUUCUAUGUGCUUUUUGAAAAAUAUCUAACCUUGAUGGAUGUAAAAAUGUGGCUAUGGAAUCAUGUUCUUUUGUUAGCACCAUUGUUUUUUGUCCUUUUCUAUGAUCAUCAUUAAAAACAAAACAAAACUUUAACU